AUGUCUAUAAAAAGUAUAUGCUACUUAGGAGAAAAUGAUGAAGUUUUAUUUUUUUAUUCUACUGAAGAAAAUGAAGAAAUAACAUCUCGAUUCUCAAUUUAUUCUACUUUGAAUAAUAUUAAAAAAUUAAUUGAUAAUAAUGAAAAAAAAGGAAAUGAAAAGAAAUAUGAUCCAUAUCUUGGAUAUGUUGGUAUUAAUCUUUCUCUCUUUAGUUCAUAUAAAAAUUAUGCUUAUGUGAUUAAAGUUAUUAAUUUUAAGAUUAUUUUAACUGUUGAUGAUAAUAAAAAUAAGUACACUGAUGAUAUCCUUAAAGAUGUUUUUAGAAGAUUACAUAAAAUUUAUGCAGAUGCAGUUUGCAAUCCUUUUUAUACAGAACAUUUAGAAACUCCUUCUUUUUUAAAGAAAAUUAAGAAACUAAUAGAAACAUCUUAG